AUGGUCAAAUCCCAGAUCGGACUUGGCGUCCUCUCAUUGCCGGCCGUGUUUGAUACCUUUGGCAUGAUUCCCGGUGUUAUCAUUCUGCUGACAGUUGGGAUCAUUACCACCUGGUCUGACGAUAUUGUUGGUGUUUUCAAACUUCGCCACCGCGAGAUCUACAGUGUUGCAGACGCAGGAGGAGUCAUGUUUGGUCCCAUUGGCAAUGAAUCUAUGGCCCUGCUUACAUCAUUUGUAUCUCUUGGGUCCGCCGGCCCGACUGUGAAUAGGGUAGCAUAUGGGCUCGUUCUGCCCGGAAUUUUAGCUUCUGCUAUCCUCCCUAUUCAUCUGCCUGCCAAACAAGUGUUUGUCCACCCCCUCCGAGGAUCCAAGCAUCUCACAAGCAACACCCCGAUUCACUGGACUACUUGGUGGCGAAAGACCGACCUGGGCUUGGACCGGCAAAUUGAGAGAGUAUGUCCUGGAGGCAUCGCCGCGAUUUCGUGGAUAUAA